AUGUUCAAAGGAAAACGAGGAAGAAUCUUGAAAUACGGACAAGCCUGCAAUCGCUACCAAGACACGUGUAUCAACGGCGCCAAAUGUAUUGACAGGAUCUGCAAAUGUGCUCCCGGAUUCAUUUUGGCUGGAAAUGGAUGGUGUGAAGGAUUUGAUUUGGCUAAGGUUGUAUUUAAAACCCGAUUCGAGUCGUCAAGUGUUUAAUUUCAGGCAAUAGAACUUAAUAAACAAUCAGUUGGAACAACUAGCGCUCCGAAAGCGAAUCGUGUCAUUCAGACUAAGCAGCAGAAAGGUUUAGCUGUACCAUAUUCCCAAAAUGUCAUGUUCAUUCUUUUAAGUGAUAACCACGACCACCACGACGACUACCAAAGCAGCUGCUUCACACCGAGAAGUACCAGUCACUACGGAUGAAUUCCCGACUCCUCCAUCCAACAUUUUUGGUUUCCCAGACAGGCGUACAACCAAAAAAGUGCCAAAGGUGGCUGCUGUUGGCUCAGCUUGCACUUCCAUCGACAUUUGCCUUGGCGAGAGUUUUUGCGUAAACGGAUACUGUCAAUGUCAGCCAAACUUCAUCCUUCAGAAUGGACAGUGCAUUUCAAGUAGGAUAAUACUAUGACCAAGACAUGGAAAACUUAGAUAUUGUAGAAGAAAGCAAACACAAAGUGGCAAAAGUGGGUGAAACGUGCAAGAACGGAGAAAUUUGUGCGGGAGGAUCGAUUUGUGAUUACGACAGAAAAAGAUGUAUCUGUGCUGCCCAACACGUUGCCAUUAAGGGUAUUUGUAAGCAGAAGUGUACGUUAAAACACUGUGUGUCUUCGGAACAUCAUCUUAUUUUCAGCUGCACCGGCGUUCGCGGCUCCAGGAGAUACGUGUAGUAUGAGAGAGAAAUGUACAGGAGGAUCAACUUGUUUCGAGGGAAUGUGUACUUGUGAUGACCAUCACUUUGCCGAGGAUGGAUACUGUAGACCGAUCGGUGAGUCAAUGAAUGACAAUAGACCUCCUAGAAUAGACCGUGUUUACAGAAGCGCGCAGUUCGAAAGUGCAGUUUGUGAAUGGAGCCGGAUUGAGGUUCUCGUCAAUGCAAGUACCAAACCGGCAAAGAGCCCAACCGUGCAAUGAAGCAGAAUGCAAACUUCCGAAUUGCUUCUGCAGUGACAAUGGUUAGGGACCAAACUGUGUAAUGAAUUCGAUGUUUUUUCAGGAAGGCAACCACCAGGCGGACUUCGACCAGAUGAGACUCCUCAGUUUGUGGUUCUCACUUUUGAUGAUGCUGUUAACGGAAAAACAUUCCCUGACUAUAAAAAGCUGUUUGAAAAUGACGCUCUCAAGUAAACAAGCGUUCAAGAUUUGUUAGUCAACAUUUUCUGUUUUGAGGAAUCCGAAUGGAUGUGACGUGAAGGCAACUUUCUUCAUUUCUCACGAGUGGACCAACUACGAUGCUGUUAACUGGCUGGUUUCGAAGAAUAUGGAACUUGCAUCAAAUUCUAUCUCGUCAGUUACAAACAGAACCGCAGCUUUUUAGAAUAUUCUUCAGACAUGAGUCCUUGGAACACGAAAACACAAAUAGGUGGCUAAAUGAAAUGGAUGGACAACGAAGAAUCUUGGCGAAGUUCGGCGGUGCUCCAGAAGAGCAAAUCGUAGGAAUCCGUGCUCCACAACUUGCGCUCGGUGGUGAUAAUAUGUUUGAGGUAUGAGAUGCAAGAGUCGAAAACUGAAAAAAAGCGUUUAGAUGAUGGUGGGAGCCGAGUUCUUAUGGGACAACUCAAUGUCGGCCAAUCCGGGAAUCCAUGGCGAGCCAUUCUGGCCGCAAACAUUGGAUUAUCAAGUGGCUUGGGAUUGUCAUGAGGCAUCGUGCCCCAAGAGUUCAUUCCCCGGAAUCUGGACGGUCCCGUUGAACCAGUUCUAUGGUUCCUACAUGCGACAGAUUGACAGUUUUAGAAGAUCGAGCAUGAUCCGUGCUGCUGUCGAUUUGAAUAAUACUGUUGAAGAAUUGGUAAAAAAGUAGUUCGCUCGUAAUUUAUUCGGAAAAUGUAUGCUUUAGGAUGAGAUCAUAAUGCGAAAUUUCGAACGAAGCUAUUCUGGAAACCGAGCGCCUUAUGUGUUGUCGUUGAAUGCUGAUUUCCUGCAACUUGCUGGACAAAACAAAGGAAUGAAAGCUGUGCAGAAGUUCCUGAACAGAAUUACUGCUAACAAAGAUGUUUACAUCGUUACCAUCAAGCAACUCAUCGAUUGGAUGAAGCGGCCUGUGCCACUGAAUCAAAUUCAAAAAGUAACUCAAUUUCAGCUCAAUUCGGAUAAACUUAAAUCUCGCUUUAUUACAGUCGAAAGCAGUUGGCUGCCCAAUCACACUGUCAUUCAAUCGCAAUCCCUCACUAUCGACUUGCGACAAACCUAACAAAUGUCUGUACAGUACGCCGUCGUUAUCAAGCCAGGAGCACCAGUUUCUUACAUGCUUACCAUGUCCAACUAUGUAUCCGUGGCUUGA